GAGACGUUAUAAACAUGGCAAAAAUGGCUGACAGGAAAAGAAGGGGUUAAUGCCACAUACCUCUGAACCGAAAAACGUUCCUUCUCUGGACGUUCAUUUCUGAGGCUGCAGACUGGAGCUCCACCGUAAACAGGAAACGUGCAGCCUCCACUCAAAGGAAGUGACGUCAGAAGUUGUUCCGGUUGGUUCGUGAGCGUGAGAGUGAGGAGCUGUCACCAUGAGCCGCAGCUACAAUGACGAGUUACAGUAUCUGGACAAGAUCCACAAGAACUGCUGGAGGAUCCGUAAGGGAUUUGUCCCUAAUAUGCAGGUUGAGGGGGUGUUUUAUGUGAAUGAUCCCCUGGAGAAGUUGAUGUUUGAGGAGUUGAGGAACGCUUGUCGCGGCGGCGCGGCUGGAGGUUUCCUUCCCGCCAUGAAGCAGAUCGGAAACGUGGCGGCAUUACCGGGAAUCAUACACCGAUCCAUCGGUCUUCCCGACGUCCAUUCCGGUUACGGCUUUGCUAUCGGAAACAUGGCGGCUUUUGAUAUGGACAAUCCGGAUGCGGUGGUCUCCCCAGGGGGUGUCGGUUUUGACAUUAACUGCGGGGUCCGCCUGCUGCGCACCAACCUGGACGAGGGCGACGUGCAGCCGGUCAAGGAGCAGCUGGCCCAGUCCAUGUUCGACCACAUUCCCGUCGGUGUGGGGUCCAAAGGUGUCAUCCCCAUGAGUGCCAAAGACCUGGAAGAAGCCCUGGAGAUGGGGGUGGACUGGUCCCUGCGGGAGGGCUACGCGUGGGCCGAGGACAAGGAGCACUGCGAGGAGUAUGGGCGUAUGCUGCAGGCCGACCCCAGCAAGGUGUCCUCCAAGGCCAAGAAGCGAGGCCUGCCCCAGCUCGGCACCCUGGGAGCCGGGAACCACUACGCCGAGAUCCAGGUGGUGGACGAGAUUUUCGACGAAUACGCCGCCAAAAAGAUGGGCAUAGACCACAAGGGACAGGUGUGCGUCAUGAUCCACAGCGGCAGCCGAGGCCUCGGGCACCAGGUGGCCACAGAUGCUCUGGUCGCUAUGGAGAAAGCCAUGAAACGCGAUAAAAUUACAGUAAACGACCGGCAGCUGGCGUGCGCCAGGAUCUCCUCCCCCGAGGGACAGGACUAUCUGAAGGGCAUGGCCUCCGCUGGGAACUACGCCUGGGUGAACCGCUCGUCUAUGACGUUCCUCACAAGACAGGCCUUCGCCAAAGUCUUCAACACGACCCCCGACGACCUGGACCUGCACGUGAUUUACGACGUGUCGCACAACAUCGCCAAGGUGGAGCAGCACGUGGUGGACGGGAAGGAGAAGACGCUACUGGUUCACAGGAAGGGCUCCACCCGGGCGUUCCCGCCACAUCACCCGCUCAUCGCGGUGGAUUACCAGCUGACCGGGCAGCCGGUGCUGAUCGGUGGCACCAUGGGGACCUGUAGCUAUGUGUUAACCGGCACCGAGCAAGGCAUGACGGAGACAUUCGGCACCACCUGCCACGGAGCCGGUCGGGCGCUUUCCAGAGCCAAAUCUAGACGCAACCUGGACUUCCAAGACGUUCUGGAUAAGAUGGCCGACAUGGGCAUCGCCAUCCGUGUGGCCUCCCCGAAACUGGUCAUGGAAGAGGCUCCGGAAUCGUACAAGAAUGUCACAGACGUGGUGAACACGUGUCACGACGCCGGGAUCAGCAAGAAAGCCAUCAAGCUGCGCCCCAUCGCCGUCAUCAAGGGCUGAGGGGGAGAUCAGCGGCGCCGGCCGUACGGUCUGCACAGAAAUGACAUCUUGGCCCCCAGGACCGGACCCGGAACAGACUCACGGCUCAGCGGGCCCAAUAGGAGAGAUUGCAGGAUUUUUCUUUUCUUUUUUUUUUUUUUAACCCUUUUGGUCCCAGCUUCGUGCAUGGACUAUAGACCUGACCUGGAUUUGCUGACUGGAUCUCUGCUUGCUGUUGGUGAAUGGAAAAAACAUUAUUUUUUUGUAUUUUUUUUUAAUGUCUAUAAGCAGUACAAGGUCUGACCAUCUUUCCUAUUCACUGACAGCAAGCGGAGGUCUUGAGAACGGUGAGAAAUUCGAACACUAAGUCUGUUUUAGAAAGUUGCAGAAUUUUUUUUUUUUACGGUUCAGCGAUUCAGCUCGAGUUAACGGGAACUAAAAAAUGUGGUGUUUCCCCUAGCAGUGCGCCUCCAGCUGUUGCAAAACUGUGACUCCCAAGGAGUGGCCUUCGGCUGUCCAGGCAUGCUGGGAGUUGUAGUUUUGCAACAGCUGGAGGCGCACUGCUUGGGAAAACACUUGUCUUAGGCGAAGUGAAUGUGUAAAUGUGAACAGCAUGCAGUCGCCACUAGGGGGAGCUCCAUUGCAUACUGGUCAUGCAUUGAACUUAAAGGGGUUAUCCAGGAAAAAACUUUUUUUAUAU